AUUGGUGUUUCCGCUUCUAACAUUGUGACAUCAUGAGGAACUAAACGCUGCACGAGCACGCGCAUCAGCAAGGACAUCAGACCACAAACAGAGACUUUCAGUCAGCGAGUGUUGAUGAUGGCAGUGGAUUGGGCUGGUUAUGGAUAUGCAGCUCUGGUGGCAUCUGGAGGAGUUAUUGGAUAUGUCAAAGCAGGCAGUGUCCCGUCCCUGGGCGCGGGGCUGCUUUUUGGGAGUUUGGCUGGUUUUGGAGCCUACCAGACAUCACAAGAUUCUAAAAACAUUUGGCUGUCUUUAGGCACAUCUGGGACUCUUGCUGCUAUCAUGGGAAAGAGAUUCUAUAACACACGGAAGAUCAUGCCGGCUGGUCUCAUUGCUGGAGCAAGUGUUCUGAUGCUGGCUAAACUUGGAGCCGGUAUGCUACAGAAACCUCAGCAAUCAUGAUACACAAAUGAUGUGCUUUCCUUCAAACAUGCAUACAUGUCAUGGGUAUUUUGUAUAAUCUGCACAAUAAAAAUGUAGUUUAAGGUUGAUUCCUGAGUGAACAUGAGUCUUCACCCAUUUCAUGUAUAUAAAAUACUUACAAAAUAGUAUUUAUUGAUUUGAGCUUGGUUCAACCAAAUCACUGUUGCUAUCUACAAUAUACUAUGUUCAUGUUAUAAUUCUCCAUACUACUAACAGAAAAAAAGAUGUUGACAUUUGAUACAAGGAAAUAAAAAUAACAUUGGUUCUGCAAGGUAAUCACAAGUACACAUACAAAAGAAAAAAAGGAAUAUACAUUUAAAAAAUGCAUACUAUAAAAAAGUCAAGAGUUGACAAAAAAUAGAAGAAAAUAUGUGGGAUAUAUCUACCCAUUCCAUUAUAAAUGGAUAUGCUUGCAUUAGAAAUACAUGCAUAAACUGAACUGAAAAAGAAUGGAUAAUAAAAUUGAUUGACAGCU